GUGUAAGCUGAUCCGAGCCUCAUUUCUAAAACCCCAACAUUUUGAAAUAAUCAUUUCCGAAUGCCACUUAAACCCUAAACCCUCAACUUCUCUCUCUAGCUCUCUCUCGCCAGUUCACUAAUGGCGCCGGUGGCAAGCAAAGCAAACCCCCUACUCACAACCAUACCAUGGCGGCGGAUCAAAUUCCGCACCAUCUGCGGCGGUCGCAUUUCCCACGCGCCUCCGUCGUCACCCGCACAAUCACCCACGGCCACAGACUCCGAAGCUGCCGGAAAGAAAGUUCUCGAGACGUUCACCGAAGAAUUCGAGAUCGGAACGCGGAAGAUCACUAUGGAAACCGGUAGAAUAGCUCGAUUCGCAAACGGCUCCGUCGUUUUGUCCAUGGAAGAGACGAGAGUGCUGUCCACAGUCGCUUCAGCUAAGAGCGAUGGCAGCCGCGAUUUUUUACCCCUCACUGUCGAUUAUCAGGAGAAGCAUUUUGCUCAGGGUAUGAUCCCGAACACAUUCAUGCGGAGGGAGGGAGCUCCGAAAGAGCGUGAGCUAUUAUGCGGCCGCCUCAUUGAUCGACCUAUAAGACCCCUUUUUCCUCCUGGAUUUUACCAUGAGGUUCAGGUUAUGGCGAGUGUCCUCUCGUCUGAUGGGAAGCACGAUCCGGAUGUAAUGGCAGCUAAUGCUGCAUCUGCUUCUCUGAUGUUAUCAGAUGUUCCUUGGGGCGGUCCUAUUGGAGUGAUUCGUAUAGGGAGGAUUGGUGGUCAAUUGAUUGUCAAUCCCAGUAUGGAUGAGCUUUGUCUGAGCGAUCUUAACUUGGUUUAUGCAUGCACAAAAGACAAAACAUUGAUGAUAGAUUUUCAAGCACGCGAGAUAUCUGAAAGAGACUUGGAAGCCGCUUUACGAUUUGCUCAUCCUCAGGCAGUCAAAUAUCUUGAGCCUCAGAUAAGGCUUGCAGCCAAGGCUGGUAAACAGAAAAAGGAUUAUAAGUUAUACACAGUAUCCGGGGAUACUUAUGAAAAAAUAAGGAGCUUGUCAGAAGGUCCCAUUGAAGCUGUGUUUACGGACCCUACAUAUGGCAAGUUUGAAAGGGGUGAAGCCUUAGAUAAUAUUGGACGGGACGUGAAGAAAAUACUUGAGGAAGAAGGUGAUGAUGAAGGUCUUAAAGUUCUAUCAAAAACAGUAGAUAAUGUGCGGAAAAAGGUUGUUCGCAGAAGGAUAAUUGGUGAAGGAAUUAGAGUUGAUGGAAGACGCCUUGAUGAAGUCAGGCCCGUGUAUUGUGAAGCUGGUCAUUUGCCUGUGCUACAUGGUUCAUCUAUAUUUUCUCGUGGAGAUACUCAGGUUCUUUGUACUGUGACCCUUGGAGCACCUGGAGAAGCUCAAGUUUUGGAUUCUUUGGUUGGUCCUUCAUCAAAGAGAUUUAUGCUUCACUACAGUUUUCCACCAUUUUGCACCAAUGAAGUUGGUAAGCGAGUUGGACUGAACAGACGUGAAGUUGGGCAUGGUUCCCUUGCUGAGAAAGCACUCCUUGCUGUAAUGCCUCCAGAAGCCAAUUGUCCAUAUACUGUUCGUAUCAAUUCGGAAGUCAUGGCCUCAGAUGGAUCAACAUCAAUGGCAUCUGUUUGUGCAGGUAGCAUGGCCUUACUGGAUGCUGGCAUUCCAUUGAGGGAACAUGUAGCAGGUUUGUCAGUGGGACUUAUCAGUGAAACUGAUCCUGCAACUGGUGAAAUCACUGACUACAGAAUAUUGACCGAUAUUCUCGGUUUGGAGGAUCAUUUGGGAGAUAUGGACUUCAAAAUUGCUGGAACCCGAAAUGGAGUUACAGCAAUUCAGUUGGAUAUAAAGCCUGCAGGAGUCCCUUUAGAUAUAAUAUGUGAGUCUUUAGAGCCUGCACGUAAAGGCCGCAUUCAAAUCCUUGACCAUAUGGAACAAGAGAUAAAUGUUCCACGUACUCAGGAUGGCAGAAACUCUCCACGGAUAUUGAACUUGAAGUACAGCAAUGAAGCAAUCCGUCGCUUGAUUGGUCCUCUCGGUGCAUUAAAGAGAAAGAUUGAAGAAGAAACAGGUGGAAGGAUAUCUGUGAAUGAUGGUUCUCUUACUGUAGUGGCUAAAAACCAAUCAGUACUCGAUAAAGUGAUGGAAAAGAUUGAUUUCAUAGUGGGUCGUGAGAUUGAAAAGGGAGGUGUGUAUAAAGGUAUUGUAACUUCAAUUAAGGAAUAUGGCGCCUUUGUGGAGUUCAAUGGAGGCCAACAGGGCCUCCUUCACAUUUCCGAAUUAGCACAUGAACCGGUGUCCCGAGUUUCUGAUGUGGUAUCAAUUGGCCAAGUUCUAAAUUUGAUGUGCAUCGGCCUAGAUGUGCGCGGUAAUAUCAAUUUAUCUCUCAAGGCCAUUUUACCUAAAACAGGAGCAAAAGCAACUCCUGUAGUUGGGGGAUCCACUACUCCUGUGCAACAAACACCUAAAGUCUGGAAGCCUACUAGCAAUAUUGAAAUGAAGCAACAAAAUAAGGAUUAUCAACCUGCGAAAGCUGUGGACAGCUUAUCAUCGAUUGUGAUUAGAAGUGCUGCUGAGUGUGAUGAGGCAGACAAAUCUUCUGGUCUAAAUAAUCCUUCAAAAGCUGAUGCUCCUCUAGAUGCAAAGAAAUUGAAAAUUGGAACGGAGCUGACAGCCAAGGUUCAACAAAUUCGUGCUCAUGGACUAGUCCUUGAUUGCGGAAGUGAUAUCCGUGGGAUGUACCGGUUUGAGGCUGGUUCCGGAAGAAAGUUUGUGGUUGGUGACAAGCUGCGAGUAAAGUGUACCAGUUUCUCCGGCAAGGGAAUCCCAGUGAUGUCUUUGGUGCAGGGGUAGGAAUCACUCAGACUCAGGUAUGAGGUUUGGCAACCGACUUAAAUUUUUGACAUAAAAUACGACUCUGCCAGUACUUGGAAAUGUCUAUAUACCAUCGGAACGUGGAAUUACUUUUAUGAACUUUAAUGCACGAAACUACUAGAGUUUCUUAGGAGAAUGGUUAGAUAGGAGAACAUGAUCGGCAACUUGACCUAGACAGAGUAACGGAUAGAGCAAUGAUUUUGAGUAGGUGGCAGUGUAAAUUGAGGUUUUCUUUGUUCUUGAAAUGUUUCUAGAUCAUCAUGUACAUUUAGUAGCUCAUUUUUUUAUUACCUAACUAGAACUGGAUAUUAAAUUGUUUAAGAGAUGUGUAAAAUUUCUCCAUCAGAAUCUCUGGAAAGGUUAAAGUGUGCUUAUUUAACUAGUCAAAUAUUAUUGCUAUCAUAUUCACACGCUA